UCCAGUGGUCAGUAGUGACCGGGGAAGGCCAGACUGACCAGUUCACCCUGUCACUGUGCAGGGUUUGGGAGGAGUGCAUUGAGACAGUUAAUGCAGGACUAGCUACUGAGAACAACCUGGAGAACUCUGAGCUGGGAACUACUCAGGCGAUCUGUGGUGACUUUCUGGACAUGUUAGAGAAGCAUGGCGUGGACUGUGGAACCUUGCAGGGCCCUGAAGAAGAAACAGCUGGAGUUGGACAGCUGCUGUCCUCAGAACAGGCUCAUCCUGGUGAUGAGGAACAGCAACAAGCGUCUCUACCAAAUCCUGGCAAUGAAGAAGAGGCACAGAACGGAGAACCAGGCUACAAGCAACACCUUCCACCCAGAAACCCGAGCAACACUGUCAACCUUUGGCGAGAAAACCAUUUUGAAGACUGCUCUGAGAUUCAUACUGCUCAGGCCAUGUUUGGUUCUAUAGCCAGCGGGGUGUUUUCUGUCAAACCAGUUACUGUACAUGCUCGCGACCCAAUCUCUGUAUACUGUGAUCAGACCACAGAUGGGGGAGGGUGGACGGUCAUACAGAGGAGGUUUGACGGGUCCCUUGAGUUUUUCCGAGAGAUUGGUGCUUAUCACUAUGGGUUUGGGGACUCCACUGGCGAAUACUGGCUGGGGUUAAACAACAUCUACCAUAUCACAGCCCAGAAUGCGUACGAGUUGUACAUAGAGCUGGAAGACUGGUCUGGGAAUGUGAAGUUUGCUCGAUACUCCAGCUUCUCAGUCGGUCCGGCUAGUGAUUACACACUGAUUGUUGGGGGGUACAGUGGGACAGCAGGGGAUGGGUUCUAUCUGUCGAGUUCAUCAUAUACCAAUAUGAAGUUCAGCACCCGUUGGUAUGACCAAGACACUGACUCCUCAUGUUCACUGGCAGAAAAGUUUGGUGGUGGCUGGUGGUACGGUAGCGGCAGCCGCAGUAACCUGAACGGACCGUACUUCCAUGAAAUCGACGGCUUCAAUAUUAAUGGCAACAAUGGUUAUGGCAUCUUGUGGUUUCCUUUCAAUGGUAACCCUUACUAUUCUCUAAAGAAGACCAAAAUGAUGGUCCGUCCUGCCGACUUCAGCGCCAGGGUGGCAAACAUGAGGCUAGAAAACAAGUAAAAUCCUAAAAGUAAAUACA